AUGAUUGGUACCCCACCUGUCACGCGGCACAUUCCUGGCAUUCACUAUACAUUUUCCUUACGUACGAAAGCUUCUCAUCUCUGGCUUGCCUUCUUUGCGACGACAAGCGUUUCCUCUGUACUUUCACUUUCUCCCUCAACUCUGGUGUGGUCGUGA